CGAAGAACGGAGCUGGAGACGUAAAACGGUGUCAACUUAAAUACAUAAAUACAUAGAGGUGCUAUGAUUUGCCCUUCUGCUAUGUUUCUGACUACUGCUACUAGACGAGCAUUGCCAAUUCUCAUUCAAUUGCCAGCGACAAGGCCACUGAUCUCUACUCCUCUUCGACUUGGACUUAGCCUCUCCCGAAACAUGUCUGCCGUUCCGGUUUUCACCACCAAGGCGCCUGCCGGUAUGUCGCCGCCCAUCCCGAUUUCCAAGUUCGUUUCGGAGUGACAUGACUGACUCAGUUGCAGCUGUUGGCAACCUUUAUUCGCAAGCCAUCAAGACGCCCACCGCCAUCUACUGCUCGGGCCAGAUCCCGUGCGACGUCCAGGGCAACCUGGUUGAGGGCACCAUCCAGGAGAAGACUGCUGCUUGCAUCAAGAACCUGCAGGCCGUCCUCGAGGAGGCUGGCUCGUCCAUCGACAAGGUGGUCAAGGUCAACGUCUUCAUCACCAACAUGGCCAACUUUGGGAGCAUGAACGAGGAGUAUGGGAAGUGGUUCGUCGGCAAGCCUGCCCGAAGCUGUGUCGCGGUCUAUCAGCUGCCCAAGGGAGUCGACGUGGAGAUUGAGUGCAUUGCUCUCCCAUGACUGCAUGGCCCGACAGAAGCCAAGCUCUGAGAAGUGGCAGCACUGCCAAGUGGCUCUCUGCCGCCUAACUAGUACUUAUUUGCGAUCAGGACUCGCAAUGGGGUCAUAAAAGGGCGAAUUUAAAAAGCCGUUGCUUGUUUGUCUAGCGAGACGGGGCCAUGUUCUCUGUGGCCCACUUAUGACGCAAGUGAUCUUCUCACACAGAAGCCGUUCUAAAUAUUUCGCAAGUGUGUCUCUGGUUCCAAUUCGCAGACAAAGGGCAUAUAUAGGAACCAAUUGGAGAUUUCCCCAACGAUUUAAUGUAUCCACGACACCUCAUUU